AUGAUUGCCACCAUUAUUUUAUCUUAUUUUAACAGCUGCAAUGUUUUCAAUGCUGGUGCAUUGUUUCAUACUCUUUCUAUUCAGAUUGCGUGUAAUCCAUUUAGUUUAUCAAUAGUUCGAGUAAAAUCACAAGCAUGUGAUGGUAUGUCUCAAUAUGAUCGAUGCUCUCUGAAUUCAGCAUGUGCCUGUUUCCAAUUCCCUGGUGCUUCUAACACUGGUAUUUGUACUGAUCGAUACGCAGUGACGUGUUCAGAACUGACACCAUGCACCCGUUCAACGAAUAAUUGUAGUCAAUCUGAUCAUAUAUGCGUUCAUCAUCCUCAGUGUGGUGAUAUUCCUGUUUGUUAUCCAGUACCGAAUUACAAUAAACAAUUCUCUCAACCGAUACCAACUACAACGACAACUAAACUCCCAACCAAACAACUCCUUAAUAUUCCUGCUAAUGCCACAUGGACACAGAACGGAAUGACUAUUGCUGGAGGUCACGGGUUGGGCGAUGCCACUAAUCAACUCAACGGCCCUCAUAGUCUCUUCGUUGAUGAUGAUCAAACAGUGUUUACUGCUGACUGGGGGGAUCAUCGUAUUAUGCAAUGGAAGAAAGGUGAUACAACGAAUGGGCAAGUUGUUGCUGGUGGAAAUGGACGAGCUGUACGAUGGUCUCGCCGUAGUGGCACAAUACAAGGUGAAAUACUCAUCGACAACAUCGCUUGUUGGGGAUUAGCUCUGAAUGAACAGAGAUAUCUCUACGUCUCUGACUACGGAAAACAUGAAGUAAGACGAUAUCAACUGGGUGAGAAGAAUGGCACUCUCGUAGCUGGUGGUAAUGGUAAAGGUGAUGGAGUCAAUCAGCUCAACUUGCCGAGAUAUCUCUUUGUCGAUCAACAACAAAAUGUCUACGUGUCAGACUUUGACAAUAAUCGUGUAGUGAAAUGGAAUAAGGGUGAAAAAGAAGGAAUUGUGAUCGCUGGUGGGCAAGGUAAAGGGGGUGCUCUGACACAAUUGUCUUCUCCCCUUGGACUCUUUAUCGAUACGUUGGGUACACUCUAUGUAGCAGACGAGGGGAAUCAUCGUGUAAUGCGUUGGACUCAAGGAGACAAUAAACAAGGCACUGUACUUGUGGGUGGAAAUGGUCAAGGAGCAGGACCAAAUCAGUUCAACUACCCCCGUGGUUUGUCUUUCGAUCGACAUGGUAAUCUUUAUGUCGCCGAUUUGCAUAAUCAUCGUGCUCAACGAUUUUCUAUCGAAUAA